AUGAUCCACCGGUUACUGCAUCGACUAGGAAGGUUUUUAAGGUUUUUCGAGUGCACGUCAAAUGCAUGGGUUUACCUGCGAGCCAGUGACCUGUCGUCGCUCUCCAGUGCCGAUCCGAACAGCUCGAUCUCAGAUUCCAGUGAAGAAGCCAAGCUCCAACCACCUGCCAUCGUCCGUCACCCCCGGCAGCCGUACCUCACCAGGUUGGCUCGUGAGGCUCCUGUCAGCACCAGCGUACUGCAGACGGUCUUCGAUAACAUCGAGAGGCCCGAGCUGAAACGCUUCGGAGAGAACAACAAUGGAAAAGAGUGGAUGACGGUACCGGUGUCGGUGGAAGAAGAUAUGCGUCGAAACGAUUCAACUGGAUGGAAUCUUAUCCCUACCACUGUAACCACGCCAAAACCGAGGCUUCCUGUUGACGUCAACGAAGAAGCGAUUCAAUCGAGGAAGCGGAUCGUCUGCUCGCAAAUGUCGGAAAGCCUCAAAGCCGUGGACAACGCAUGUGCGCAGAUCAACAAGGUCACCGCACCGCAACACUGGCGAGCUCCACAUCUUUUGCAAACGAAUCUGAAUACGCUCAGGGAUUCUAUCACCACAGCACAUGAUGCCCUCGGAACAUUUGUCGACGGAACAGGAAGAAUAUCUAUUGAUCGAAAGAAUCCCAAAGCUCAAGGUGAUUUAUGCUUUUUGUUGAGCACCUACUAUACGGCCCAUCAGAUUUGUCGACGUCUUCUCAAUGGAGCACAACUUCUCAUUCAGCCUCUAAGACUCGUUAUUCCUUCAGCGCCGCUGGCAUGGACCGAAGACAGAUAUCCCUACGUCCGGUCAUCGCUACUUCCAUUCAAAGCCAACGAUCGAUCGCUAUACAAGUCGCCUCCGUUUUUGGACGAAACUAAACGCCUGUCAUCUUCGUCGACGUCUACGGUCACGUCGUCUGACUCAUCACAGCCGUCUUCUAUUCUUGUCACCAAGCACAGUGGCGACAAGCCAAAGGGACGAGUCACCUUUGCCGACGAGCCUCGCGACCGCCCUUCCGUUGCACCAUCCCAUGAAAAUGGCGAGAGCUCAAAGGCUCCACAAAUGAACGGAUCGCUGCGAUUCGCGAUGCCAUCGGGACCACAUCGACUACAUGAGACCCGAAUCAUAGAGGAGGACGAUCUGGAGUCGAACGACUACGCUUAUCUGGAUGAUGUUGUGCCUGGACGAUCGAACGCCUACAACAAUCCCACGAAUAACUCAAUCAGCGAUGAGGAUCGUCAAUUAGUUCGCUUUUACGCUCCACAACUAGAUCAACACACUGAGUCGCUUUCUCUGGCAAUCGAAGACUUUUUGGGUACGGUAGAGAACAACCUGCCUCCUCGAGAGUUUGUACAGAAAGGGAAAGCUGGUCAGUGGCUACACAUCAUUUUGGCUGCUCAUAAACUGAUUUAUAUUGGGGAUACGGUAUCGCAAUGUGUGGGGGAUCGUACAGCUAGUAACAGUCUUCGACAAUGCGCUGAUCGAUUAUGUGAUUUGCUCAAGCAAUGCGUCGCAGCAACGAAACUCGCUUCUGAAGAGUACCCUGAGCUGAAGAGCAUGCAGGGAAUGAUCGACAGUAUCAUCGCAGUGUCGAAAACUGCCCAAGAAAUGAAAGUGCUGGUGAAACAAUGGUGCUAG